AUGCAAUUUUAUGUUUUAGGAUUCAUCAGCAUAGAUUGCGGAGCUGAUCCAGGUUUGAGCUAUACCGAUCCAGUAUUUGGUAUAAAUUAUGUUUCGGAUGCAAAGUUAAUAAAUACUGGUGUGAUUGGGAAUAUAUCAUCUGAAGCGAUCAUCGACACAUACAAUCAACGGCAACUCCGGAGGCUUCGAAGCUUCCCAGAAGGAAAAAGGAACUGCUACAAAAUAAAUGUCACAGGAGGCUCUAAGUAUCUCAUCCGCACUGUUUUUCUGUAUGGAAAUUAUGAUGGCCGAAAUAUGUUACCACAGUUUGAUCUUCUUCUCGGACCUAACCACUGGGAUACAGUGUUUAUAUACAAUGCAUUCAUUUACCAAUCCAAUGAGAUCAUACAUGUACCUUUACUAGAUUUCGUACAAAUCUGUCUUGUUAACACAGGCUAUGGUACACCAUUUAUAACAGCCAUAGAAUUCAGGACUUUGAAAAAUGAUACAUACGUCACUCAAUUCGGAUCGUUGGAACUUUACAAGUGGAUGCGCUGCGAUUUGGGUUCAAGAAAAGCCUACAGGUACUCGAAUGAUGUUUAUGAUCGUUUCUGGUAUGCCUUAAACUUCGGAGAAAAUUGGAAUUCACUAAAUGCUUCGAUUCCUUACUCUUUAAAUCAGAGCGAUUACCAACCGGGACCUAUUAUCAUGAGCACCGCAGUUACACCAGCAGAUGAUAGUGAUCCGUUGGUAAUAAGAUGGGGGCCACAAGAUGAAAGUGACCGAUUCUAUGUGUACAUGCACUUCAUGGAGAUUCAAGUGUUAGCCAGGAAUCAGACAAGACAAUUCAACAUCACGAGGAACGGUGAAUUAAUGGUUCCAAAUUUUUCUCCUCGAUACCUAGCCGUCGACACUUUAUAUACCUCGUCAGCCAUCAGUGGUAAAGAAAUUGAAUAUUCACUGGAGAGGACCGAAAAUUCAACCCUGCCUCCCAUCAUCAGUGCCAUUGAAAUUUACAGAGUAAUAGAUUUACAGAAACCAGAAACAUUCCAAGGAGAUGUUGAAGCGAUUACAAGAAUCAAGUCAGUUUAUGGAGUGAAAAGGGACUGGGAAGGUGAUCCAUGCUCCCCUGUAGACUACUUGUGGGAUGGUCUCAACUGCACUUAUGACAAUGAGUUCCCAAGAAUCAAAGCUUUGAAUUUAUCUUCGAGUGGAUUGUCAGGAAAGAUUGACCCUUCAAUCUCAAACCUCACCAUGUUGGAGAAGCUGGAUUUAUCUAACAAUAACUUAUAUGGUGAAGUUCCUGAUUUUCUGUCUCAUUUACAACACUUGAAGAUAUUAAACUUGGAGAAGAAUGACCUCUCCGGUUCAAUUCCCUCUGCACUUGUUGAAAAAUCACGCAAAGGUUCUCUCUCACUAAGUGUGGAUCAAAAACCAUAUCCAUGUGAAUCUGCUCAAUGCAACAAGAAGAGAAAGAAAAACACUGUUACACCCACAGUAGCCUCGACCAGUGGGGUUUUAUUUCUUCUAAUAGCCGUUGGAACAUUGUGGAUCCUUAAAAGGAAAAAAUCAAAAGAAAAAUUUACAUAUCCAGUGGCAGUAAAUCAUCUGAGUGGGAUUUCACAGAAAUCCACGGAAAAGGAUAAUUCGUUCCAGCAACGCAAAAGUCAAAUGUAUUCAUACAAUGAUGUCCUUCAAAUCACUAACAAUUUCAAUAGAAUUAUUGGUAAGGGAGGAUUUGGAACAGUUUACCUGGGCUUUAUCGAUGAGACUCCAGUUGCAGUGAAAAUGCUUUCCCCAUCAGCAGUUCAUGGUUAUCAACAAUUUCAAGCAGAGAUUAAACUUCUAAUCAGAGUUCAUCACAAAAAUUUGAUAUCCCUUAUUGGUUACUGUAACGAAGGAUCCAAUAAGGGCCUUAUAUAUGAAUACAUGGCUAAAGGGAACUUACGAGAACAUCUCUCAGGUAAACACAACGAAUCACCAUUCUUGAGCUGGAAGGACAGACUUCGUGUAGCAGUGGAUGCAGCCGUAGGAUUGGAAUAUCUGCAUAAUGGUUGCAUGACUCCUAUAAUCCACAGAGAUGUAAAGUCUUCAAACAUCUUGUUGAAUGAACUCUUCCAAGCAAAGUUAUCUGAUUUUGGUCUAUCCAAAGUUGUCCCAGAUGAUGGAAGAUCUCAUGUGUCAACUAUUGUUGCUGGUACACUUGGUUAUCUGGACCCUCACUACCAUUCUUCUAAUAGAUUAACACAGAAAAGUGAUGUUUAUAGCUUUGGAGUUGUUCUUUUGGAAAUAAUCACAAAUCAACCAGUAAUGGCCGGGAAUGAAGAAACGGGUCACAUAAGUGAACGAGUUAACUUGAUGGUAUCAAAAGGGGAUAUCAGGGCCAUAGUUGACUCAAGCUUAGAAGGAAAUUUUGACAUAAACUCAGCAUGGAAAGCCGUAGAAAUAGCAAUGGCUUGUGUUUCUCCAAAUCCCAACGAAAGGCCAAUGAUGAGUGUGGUAGUGAUUGAACUACAGGAGGCUUUAGCGACCGAAUUAGCUAGAACAGGUGGUGCUGAUCCCAAGUAUUCAGUUGCACCGGUCAGCGAGAAUGUUGACAGCGAAUUCAUGCCGUCGGCUAGGUAA